UGGAAAAGAAAACGCAGCACUUAUUAACUUACUUGGCUCCAUUUCUCUCUCUUUUGAGGACCCAAACACAGACACGUUUUAACACACAAACACAAAUGCGGUUCUUCACUUCUCGGGUCAUACCCGACCCGACCCGAAACCCAUCCACCGCUCACCACCACCGCAGAUCCAUCGUCACCGCAUGCAGAGCCGUUCUUCUCCCCCGCUUCGGCGGCCCCGAUGUCCUCCAGCUCCGUCCCAAUGUAGAAGUUCCUGAUCUCAACCCAAACCAGGUUCUUGUUCGUGCUCGUGCAGUUUCCAUUAACCCGCUCGAUACCCGAAUGAGAUCAGGCUAUGGUCGUUCAUUAUUUGGACCUCUUUUACCUCUCAUACUGGGUCGGGAUAUUAGUGGCGAAGUUGCAGCUGUUGGAGCUUCGGUCAAGACACUGAAUGUAGGACAAGAAGUUUUUGGUGCUUUGCAUCCAACUGCUGUGAGGGGUACUUACACUGACUAUGCAAUCCUUUCCGAAGACGAACUUACUCCCAAACCAGUUUCUGUUACACAUGUGGAAGCAAGUGCCAUACCUUUUGCUGCAUUGACUGCAUGGCGUGCUCUAAAAAGUACUGCUAGGAUAACUGAGGGGCAAAGGAUAUUGGUUGUGGGUGGUGGAGGAGCAGUAGGAUUUGCUGCAAUUCAGCUUGCAGUAGCUUCGGGGUGCAAUGUGGCAACUACGUGUGGAAGUCAAAGUGUAGACCGAGCAAUGGCAGCUGGUGCUGAGCAAGCUGUUGACUAUACAGCUGAGGACCCUGAAUCAGUAAUAAAGGGAAAAUUUGACGCUGUCUUGGACACCAUUGGCGUUCCAGAGACGGAAAGAAUUGGGGUAAAUUUUUUGAAGAGAGGUGGAUACUACAUGACACUUCAGGGUGAGGCUGCAUCACUUACUGAUAGCUAUGGACUUGUUAUUGGGCUUCCACUUGCAUCAUCAACUCUACUGAAGAAACAAUUGCGAUAUCAAUACACUCAUGGAAUAGAAUACUCGUGGACUUUUAUGAGAGCGGAUGCAGAAGGGUUAAACGAGAUUCGAAGGCUUACUGAAGCCGGGAAGCUGAAAAUACCAGUGGAGAAAACAUUUCCUAUCACACAAGUGAUAGAAGCUCAUGAGGCUAAAGAUAAAAAACAUAUACCGGGUAAAGUUGUGCUCGAAUUCGACUAAAGCUUAGAUUUUUACACUUUCAAGUUGUGUUGUGUUGAAAACUUUGUGAAACUUUUAGUAUUGAAGGUUUGGAUAUGAAUGAAAAUUGAAAUGAAAUCUUAGGCUUGUUCUGUACAGUGUGUCUUUCUUCAAUAGCAUUUUUGUAAUAAUGAGAGCUUUGUUUCAUGGGGGAAAUUUUGCAAUUUUCUUACACUUUGACAAUAUGUAAAUUUCUAUAGUUGAGCAUAGACUAUAAGGCAUCACUUUUGCCA